UCUGGUUCUCUUUGCAUUGGUCAGAUCAUAGGAUUUAUCAUUGGAGCAGUCUCUCCAAUUCAAAAGCUCAUGGUUGGUGAUGAUGCUCCUCUUCGUGCUAUUAUCAAAUCUAUAGCUUUGGUAGGGGAAGGAACAAUUGUGUCCAUGACUUUGAUAGUAGGAGCAAAUCUUCUUGAUGGUUUAAAGCAAUCAGGAAUAAGCUGGUAUCUAAUAAUAGGGAUUACGGUAGUGCGGUUCAUAUUAUCACCAUUAUUGGGUGUUUUGAUUGUUAAGGCUGCAUAUUAUUGGGGAUUGGUUGGAUCAUACAAUUUAUAUCAGUUUGUUCUUAUGCUUCAGUAUGCACUUCCUCCUGCAACUUCUGUAGGAACAAUUGCUCAGUUGCUUGGGGUUGCUGAAAGUGAAUGUUCCUUAAUAAUGCUAUGGACCUAUGCAGUUUCUACAUUUACUCUCACUCUUUGGUGCACUUUCUUCAUGUGGAUGCUCGACUGA